UUCAUUUUUAUAUAUGAAGAAAAACAACCAAAGGUAAAAGGCGAGGGAAAAAAAAUUGAGAUUGUGCCUUUGGUCUUGCAUGUUUGAUUAUGGAGGGUAACGACGUUGCGCCGUUCGUGGCCAAAACUUAUCAGAUGGUUAAUGAUCCGAAGACAGACGGUCUUAUCACUUGGGGCAAAGCUAAUAACAGUUUCUUAGUCAUCGAUCCUUUGGACUUCUCCAACAAGAUCUUGCCUUUUUACUUCAAACAUAGCAAUUUUUCCAGCUUCGUUCGCCAGCUUAAUACUUAUGGUUUUCGGAAGGUGGAUCCAGAUAACUGGGAAUUUGCGAAUGAAUGUUUUCUUCGAGGCCAAAAGCAAUUGUUGAAGAACGUUGUGAGGAGAAAGCAUGGGAAAAAUAGAUGCACGCAAGUUAAAGCCGUGGAUUUUGAUGGAGAUGACGAUGUCUCCAUGGAAAUAGCGAGGCUGAAAGAGGAACAAAAGACGUUUGAAGAAGAGUUGCAAGGGAUGAACAGGCGCUUAGAGACGACGGAGAGACGCCCGCAACAAAUGGUAGUUUUUCUUCACAAGGUUGCCGAAGAUCCUGAAUUCCUUUCCCGUAUGAUGAUCGAAAAGGAAAUGAACGGACACCUCACGGCGGAGAAAAAGCGGCGGUUAAAGUUGACGCUUCCGCGGUCAUAUUAUUCUUCUUCUACUUCUUCUUAUUCAAGCGCCGCGGUUUCAAGUAAUUCGGGGAAAUCUGAAGAUGAAGGAUGGCAUCCUGAAUUCAUUUCGUCAUCGCUAUCUCCAUUAACGUCGCCUGAGGAUUGCGCUACUGUAAUGAGCCAGUGGCCGGUGCUGGCACCGCUGGUGAUUGAAAACGGCAUGGCGAUGUCUUCGUCUGAGAUGAGUAGUAUAGCAGGGUAUGGUGAUAAGAAUGGGCCAUUGGGUUAUUUAGGAGAAAUGACGGCGGCAGGGGUGGAGGCGCGUGUACCACCGCCUUAUCCAUUUUCCCUAUUUGGGGGUGGCUUUUAAGUUUGUUUCUUCACGUGAAAUAUCUUGGAUUCCACCUUUCUUAUUGAUUUUUCUUUUUAGUUUUAGAUUUUCAGC